CAUAUCUACCUCAAGUACUUUAGCACUUGAGUUAAUUAAAGAUCAAGGCUUGCCAGUUUCACAGCUGUUGACUUAACAUCUUUUCUUUUUUUGAACGUAAAGUUAUCCAGGCAUUUCCAUCCUAAACAUUAUGUAAUGCAGCUCUUGGAGGCUUCUGGGCUCCGAGACGCUUCCCCCAGUCUUUGUUUAGGAAGGAAAUAGAGUGUAAUGAAUUAAGCAAAGAACUGAGAGCCAGGAUGCUAGUGUGACCUUGGGCUAGCCACAGUCUAUUGCUUAUUUAGUUACCAUAAAGUGCACCCAGGAACAUGGAGGGUAGUUUGUAGGUCGGCCACUAUUUCCAGACUGUGAAAAUGAAUAGUUUCCGCCAAAGCACUUUGAGAUCUUUAUUUGAAAGCCAUUAAGCAAUGUCAAAACAGGGAUUUUUCCCAAAAGCAGUUCCGGUCACGUUCCUCUCCCACGUCCUCAGGUAAUGCAUUUCCCAGUCCUUUUUCAUUUGACUGAAGCAUUUGAAAGAGAACUGGUUGGUCUCCCCUGGGUGCCUGGUCUUCCCUGUUUGCACGGUGCAUUCCAGCUCAGAGGCUGCUUGUCAUUGGUGGAAUGGGCUCUCAAUCACAUGGCACUAGGGAGCGCUCCCAGGUUCUCCUCUGUUUGUUUUCACGGAUUAACAGAUGUGUUUGGGUUGAAGAAACGGAUUCAUUUCUUGAUGGAAAGAAAAACCUCUUUCCGCCUUUCACUCAUUUUUUUAUCUGUAGGAUUUUCCCUGACGGCAGAUCAAAUGUUUGCAAGCAUGAACAUCAGCGCUGUUUCUUUGGCAGAUCGGUGGCGUGAUGGAGAUGCGAAGUCAGCCCCCAGUUUUAAAUUAAAGCCAACUCCACAGGGCAUCAACUACAAUCUCAUCAAAAAAGGAAAUGGAGAGAGAGAACCUUGGAAGACCUUCAGCCCUAGCCAUCUCAUUCCCAUUAAUGUCUCAGUCAAUGGAACUCCUUGCAUUCUCUUCUGGGCUAAGAGAAUAAUAAUUAAAUUUAAAAAUCAGCUUCUGUUGGAUCUCACAGAUAAAACAUUUGGAAAAGAAGCAAGAGUAGAUGUUGGCAAUUCAAACUGCAGUGAUGAAAAUGCCAUGCUUUCCCUGAAAUUUGGUGAUAUUGACAGUCUAAAAGGCCUUGACAUCAGAUUCAUCUUGAUCAACUAUAACAGACUGUCUGUUCAGAGCUGGUUCAGUUUACACAGAAUUCAGAUUCUUUAUAAUAAUUCAAUCCAAGCGACUUUUAAGGCAACUCGAAUCCAUGCUCCGUCCAAGUAUUCUUAUCACUGUCAGCAUGUCAGCAGCCUGCAGAGAUAUGAUGCACUUCUGGUACCUAGCUCCACUAAUGACAUCUCAAGGCUAUGGGAAGUCACUUUUAUUGAUUUCCAGAUUCAGGGUUUUAACAUCGAGGAAGGCCAGUUUGCUCAUGCCAGAGACUGUGCCUCAUUCUUUUCCCCUGCCAUCCUGAUGGGCCUGGCCAUGUCCCUGAUCCUGCUGCUGGUGCUGGCUUAUGCCCUACACAUGCUGAUCCACCUGAAGUCUCUUGACAGGCACUAUGACUGCAAAGCCUCCCCUCCCUACUUUGUGCCAAUGAAAGACCUUGAGGUAGCUGCUGAAGAGAAGGAGCCACUAAGGAACCACGGGCAUGACUGCCAUGAAUUGAGAAGCCCGUACAUCUGCAACAUUUAUGUUUAGUAGCUCUUUUCCUUAGACUCUACAGGUCAGAGGUUUUGUUUCUGCUGCUUUGGGUUAUUUUACCUGCAAAUAAGUUAAAGGUUUUCACUGGAUGACUUGAUUUAAAAGGAAAAUAAAUGAAAAGAAAAAGAAGAAGAGAAGCAAGAAGGAAAAGAGAAAGGAAAAGACAAGAAAAAAGAAAAGAAAAAGAAAUUCCUUGGUUGUGCUGCUUAGUCAUCUAGGGGUCUUCGGAGUGCCCUCUGAGCCUUGAAGUAAGCUUCUCCUGAAAAAGGGACUGUAUGGUCCAAAGCUUGCUUUAAAGCCAUAGAAAGCAAGCACAACAUUCCCAUUCUAGAGUUACAAAAGCCCUUGGUGAGCAUCUAGUCCAUCCUCUUCAUUUUAUAGAUGAGAAAACUGAGGUAGAGAGAUUUGUCCAAGGUUGGAUAGCUAUUAAAGAAUGCAGCUGGAAUUUGAACACAGGCUCUCUGCCUCUAAAUAUUUCUAUUGUAUUUCAAGAACCUGAAAAAAGGGAACAUAUACCAAAAAAGAAGGAAACCAUGUAAAUGGGGACCAUUUUUGUAUUCUCAAAAUCUACUUAGAAAAAGCUUUGGAUUCUCCCUUGACAUAUUUAGAGAAGAUAACUCUAGAAUCCUCCAGAAAGUUUUACUGCUGGAGUCUUUCUUUACUUCUUGACAUUGGAUCUGCUAAUCAGUCCUAUAGCAAAAUUAUAAAAUGGGGACAUUUGUCUGAUACCUCUGUUAUCUUCUAUAAAGCUGUUUUCCCUCUCUUCUCUCCUCUCCUGCCUCUGCCUAUGUCCUAAAUGCAAAUUUGUUCCAUUUCCCAAUUUGGAUAAUCCUUUUUAUUAUUUGUUAUUCAGUCAUUUUAGUCUCCUCUGACUCUCCAUGACUUCAUUUGGCAAAGAUACUGGAGUGGUUUGUCAUUUCCUCUUCAGUUCACUUUAUAAAUGAGGAAACUGAGGCAAACAGAAUUAAGCAACUGGUCUAGACAGCCAGUGUCUGAGACCAGAUAUGAUCUCAGAAAGAUGAGUCUUCUGGAUUCUAGAACUGCAACUCCAUCCACUACACCACAUAGCUGCCCUUGAUAAUCCUACUAAUCCUUAAUAAAUGAUUUGCUUGGAGAAAGUCCCUUUCUAAGAUUUUUUCAAUUUACUAAGAGAUUCUUAAGGAAACCCCAAAGCUGUCAAAUCUCAAAGACCAUCUGAAUUGAGCUUUGAUGGUGGGAUGACAGGUGGUCUGGUUGAUAUUGUUGAAUGGUAGAGGAGGGCACUUUACCUUUUAUCUCCUCAAACAAAUCUACUUAAAAGGCUAGCUAUUUAUCUUGGCUGAGGUAUUCUGGGUUCUUUCUUGAUAUAUCACUGUAAAUUGUUUUUUCUUUUCCUUGUCCUUCGCAUCUUUCAGAUGCAUUCAUUUGAUGAGGGAUGAGGGAAGUUAACUAAUCAGUGAUUAUGUAGAAAUGUGGGUUUGAACAUUCCUAUAUUUUGCUGUGCAAUUGGUAGGCUUUCUGCUUUGACUGAGUGAGCUAAGGGGGCUUAGAAUGCCCCAGUAAGCUUGAUUUAUAGCUCCCAGGUGAGUGGAAGUCAGCUGACUUGGGUUUCCUGUAGAAAGGGGGGGCAAGAAGCUAUAAUUUUCUCUGUGGUGCCAUGAGGGAAUGAAAUGUUUUGGUGUGCACUCCUGGACUGCAGAGAAUCAUGAAAAACUUUUAUUAAAGGAUGACAUCAGAAAGUGAAUGUAUACUUUAGUCUCUCUGGCUAGCUGUAUUUUUAAAAUAUUCACCUUAAGUAUUUUAAUCAUUCCAUAGUUUAAAAAAAUAUAAUAAAUAUAGUCAAGACAAACAAACUUCAGUGUCAUUGAGGUCCACAAAAUGUGUAUCUCGUUCUGCACAUUCAUCACCACUCUGUCGGAAGUCAGAAAGCGUGCUUUGUCAUGAGUCCUCUGAAAUUAUGGCUGAUCAUUUCAUCCAUCAGAGUUCUUAAGUCUUUCAAAAUUGUCCAUUUUUUACAAUGUUGAUGUCAUGAUUUAGAUUGUUCUUGUGAUUUUGCUCAUUUCAUUCUUUAUCAGUUCCUACAAGUCUUUGCAUACUUCUCUGAAAUGAUGCCUUUUGUCAUUUUGAGUAGUAUUCCUUUAUAUCCACGUACCAUCAUUUUCCCAGUCAUUCCAUACUUGAUGGGCACCCUUAGUUUCCAGUUCUUUGCCACUAUAAGAAGAGUUGCUAUAGAUAUUUUUUGUAUGCAUAACACUUUUUUAUAUGUAUAGUACCUCUUUGACCUCUUAGGACUUCAUAAGCAUUUUUAAUUACCUGCUUCUUAUGUCUUUUUCCUGAACGUGUUAUACUCUUCUUACAAAUAAAUUCUAGAAAUAUAGUAUUCUGAUCUGGAAUAUGUGACCAACAGUGGGUAUGAGAAGACUGUUGGCAGAGAAUUGGGUAUCCAGUUAUGGGUCAAAGUGGACAAAAGGUCUUGAGGAAAUGGAUGUAAUCAAUUUUAGAACCAAAUAAGCUCAAGGAAGUCUAGAAACAUCAAGUACCACAAGCUGAGGUUUAGCAGUCAGAGAGGUUUAGAAAGUAGUGGAAGGGGAAAAGCCUUCAGUCCAAGGGAUCAUUGUGAUUAAGAGCCUAAGGAAAACCUAGCUAAAUUCAGAAAGGUUUAAUCACCACAAGAUUAGUGGCAAAUAAUUUUCAAAUAUAGAAGACAAUCUUCUAAGACAUCAAGGAAUUGUAUCUGAAUUGGGGAGCAGGGGGAAACAAAAAAUAAUAAUAGAUAAUUUUAUUAAGUACCUAUUAUGUGCCAGAUAUGGUGCAGUUUACAAGUAUUAUCUCAUUUGAUCCCUGGAGUUUGGUUCUGUUAUUGUCCCUAUUUUAUAGAUGAAAAAAAUGAGGAAAAUAGACAUUGUGUCAUGCCCAAGGUCAUCUAGCUAGUAAGUAUCUGAGGCCAGAUGUAACAACUUUACACUGUUCUCUCUCUCUAUCUGUGUGUGUGUGUGUGUGUGUGUGUGUGUGUUACAUAUCAUCUGUCUCUGUAUGCUUGUACUAUAGGCAAUUAAUUAAUCAACAAGAAUUUAUUGAGUGUUUACUAUGUGUUAUCUAGGCACUGUGCUAAGCAUUGGUAAUGCAGAGAUAAAAAUGAAACAGUUCUUGCCCUCAAAGGACUUACAUUUUAUUAUUUUUUAAAUUCAAAGAUAUUUUAUUUUCCCAAUUACAUGUAAUAACAAUUUUCAACAUAUGUUUUCUGAAAUUCUAAGAUCCCAAUGGUCUCCAUCCCUCCUUUCUCUCUCCCCCUUCUCAGAGAUGGUAAGCAAUUUGAUUACCAUGCAAAACAUACUUCCACAUUAAUUGGGACUUACAUUUUAAAGGAAGGACAACAUAUACAUGUACAUAAUGUGGCGAAGUGUUUAAUUAAUAAAGCAUAAUAAAGUCUCCUUAGUCUCAUAAAACUUUUAAACUUGCUUUCUCAAAUGUCACCCAUGAUAGUUGAGCCAUUGUAUAUUUUAUUUUAUAUAAUGUAUAUACAAAUAGAUAGAUAAUCUAGGCGUGGAAUAGUGGAGAUAUUUGUUUACUCUAACAUUAUCAUUAGGAUUAUGGACAAGAAAACAUGCCAAAAUAGGUCAUUGCGACCAAAAUAGGUCCUUCAUCCUUUGACUAUUCAAGUAGACCAAAUCAAGGGCCCUAGAAUGAGGAUGAUGCUGAUGUAUGGGAAUAGCAUAGAAAUCUGAAAGAAAAGAUGUUUUCCUGAACUUAAUAUAUUUUUGGAUGAAGAUUAUAUGGUAUCAUGAUUUCUUAGGAGCAAGAUGAAAUUUGUAUCCAAAACCAUAGCCUUAAAAUCUCUCCAAGAAGGUUUAUUUUCAUCUAAGAGCCCUCAAACUUCACUGUAUCGACUUGUGUAAAAUCCAUCCUUUGGACCACAAACCCUUUUGAAGUAUUUUUAGAGCGGUGAUAGAGUUAAAGCACUUUAAAUGACUUCAGACACUUCUCACUCUUCAGCCAAACAAAAUUUUUGCUCUUUCCGCCACCCUCAUGAAGAGCUCCAAUGUGAGAGUUGUUAUCUCAAUGCUUGCCAUUAAUUUUCCUGGAGAAUAUGUUCUGGGAGAAAGAUGCAUCAAAGGUCGUGAAUACUAACAGCAUAACUAGUCCCCAACUCUGAGAAAGAACACCAUCCACAUCCAGAGAAAGAACUGUGGGAGUAGAAACGCAGAAGAAAAAUAACUGCUUGAUCACAUGGGUCAAUAGGUAAAUGUUUGGGGAUUUUGGUUUUAAAUGGUCACUCUACUGCAAAUAAUAAUAAUAUGGAAAUAGGUUUUGAAUAAUGAUACAUGUAGAACCCAGUGGAAUUGCUCAUCAGCUCAGGGAGGGGGGCUAUAGAAGGGGAAGGAAAGAAGACCAUGAAUCAUAUAACCAUGGCAAAAUAUUCUAAAUAAAUAAAUAAAAAUGAAAAAAAAAACAG